AUGGAUCUAGUUUUUAACCGAUCCCCUCAAAAGGAGAAGCGUGGAAGACCUUCUAGGAAAGAUCGACUGUAUCGCAUUUUGGCAGCUUCUGGAAAAGAGUCGGAUACAAGUAAAAGACGAGUUUUACCUCGUUCAGCGAAGAAACACAGGUCGGCGUUUGCUGCUGGAAGUUCUGAUGUUUACGAUUUCGAAAUGGACUCCGAAGGCAGUGUUGAUGUGUCCCCGCUUACAUCAGAACAUGGUAAUGAAUCUAUGGGAGACGCAGAAAUAUCCGUUGAUAAAGGUGUUCAUCGAACGACCGUACCAGAUAUUCAACAAGCUGCAAAUGUGAGAAAGACUAUUCUUUUAAAUAAAACGUUGCAACAGGUUUCUAACGGCAAUGGCCUUUCGAAGCGUAAGCGUGGGAGACCAAGGAAAACAGUAGUGGUGGAGAGUAUGAAGGAAAUGCAGAGAAUCUAA